AUGAGUACUAUACAAAAUCUGAAAAAUUUCAUUCGCCAUGGGAAGCAGGCCCGCGCCGGUACCCCUCAUGGCGAGCCGACCACCAAUGUCACGGCCGUCCACGUGGAGCGCCAAAGACAGCCUCAGGCUCCCCAGCAACAACAGCAGCACGCCGGCCUCAGCGGGUUGGAUCACAAGGCAGCACCUGCAAAGUAUGAACAAAAGUACCAGCAACAAGUGCCCGCCGUAGAUGCGAAGAAUGGCAGAAACCAUGAGCAGGAGAUUGAACAAAUCGUUGCCGAAGAGAAACUGAGCAAAUCUACAAUGCCUUCUUACCCAGGUUUGGAACGAUGGAUAUUGCUGGAAAAGAUGGGCGACGGUGCCUUUAGCAACGUCUAUCGGGGCCCGCGACAGUACUGGAAAAUACGGCGAGGUUGCAAUCAAGGUCGUCCGCAAGUUCGAGAUGAGCGCCAAACAGGGUUGGCUCUUUGGGUCCAUUAUGCUAGUAUAAUGCGCCAACUCGAUCAUCCGAAUAUCGUCAAACUGAUCGAGUUCUCCGAGUCCCGACAAUUCUACUACAUCGUCCUCGAACUGUGUCCUGGUGGAGAGUUGUUCCAUCAGAUCGUCCGCUUGACGUAUUUCAGUGAGAAUCUCAGCCGUCACGUUAUUAUUCAGGUUGCGAAAGCGAUAGAGUAUCUGCAUGAAACAUCUGGCGUUGUGCAUCGUGAUAUCAAACCGGAAAACCUUUUGUUCUAUUCCAUUCCUCACAUACCAACCAAGAACCCCAAGCCGCCUGCGCCUGGUGAAGAAGACAAAGUUGAUGAAGGAGAGUUUAUACCGGGAGUCGGUGCGGGUGGCAUUGGCGUUAUCAAGGUCGCGGAUUUCGGUUUGUCCAAAGUCAUUUGGGACAGUGAGACGAUGACGCCGUGUGGUACAGUUGGCUACACAGCCCCUGAAAUAGUCAAGGAUGAGAAAUAUUCGAAGAGCGUUGAUAUGUGGGCAUUAGGUUGCGUCCUUUAUACCCUCCUAUGCGGAUUUCCCCCCUUUUAUGAUGAGAGCAUCCAAAUCUUGACCGAGAAGGUUGCACGUGGGCAGUAUACCUUUUUAUCACCCUGGUGGGACGAUAUAUCGAAGUCGGCCCAAGAUCUAGUGUCACACCUGCUCACCGUCGACCCCGACAAGCGCUACACGAUCGGUGAGUUCCUUAACCACCCAUGGAUCCGCCAAACAGACGAGGAGACGUAUGCUGCAGACGAUGCGCCACCACUAGCCACCCCCCUGGCCACCCAGUCGCACCUCCUCGAGACACCCUUCUCUCUCACCGAUCGAAGGGCCGAUUUCCGGUCUCCUGGUGCAAUCAACUUACGCGAAGUAUUUGAUGUCGGAUACGCAGUCCACCGGCAAGAAGAAGAGGCCAAGCGAAGGAAGAAUUUCAAACAAGGCUACCGCGGUGCCAAUGUUGCAGGACAAUACCGGGGUGACCUCAACCCUGUCGCUGAGGACUACGAUGAUGAUGAUUAUGAAGAAGACGAAGAGAUGCUUUAUUACGACCAAGAAAACUACGCUGCAAAUACAUCUUCUCUCCCAUCCAAGGUCCGCCGUACUGAUGCUGCCGAUGUAGCUGGCAUGGAGUCGAAACUUCGCGCCACAAAUUUGGGCUCAUCUCAACCAAGCGCCGCGGCAAGGGCAAGACAAACGGCUGCCGGUGCAGGACAGCAGCAACCACAGCAGCGCAGACAUCACCAACAAUACCAAACUGGCGGGUACGGUCAGCAUAGCGCCGCCGUUGCCGCCGCGGCGCGAGAAAAUGCGGCACGCUCGGCGAACCAGCCGUUUGAACUGAGCUUGGACAAUGCGACGUUACUAGAGCGAAGGGGGCGGCGGCUAGAAGGGCAGGCUGCUUCCUAG